AUGCUGCGAAUUAGAGUCGUGACGUGGGUUCGCCAAACACCGGUAGACUUGUGGCAGUCGCGUCGGGGGCUUGUGGUGUUGGAUUCUGCAUGCUUCCGGCAUAUCAUCGCACCCGUGAGCCAGUCACAGGCAGCGUACGCGGAUGAUCCGCUUGCCAAAGUAAGCGGAAAACGACGAGGCAUGCUUUUUGAAUCUCUUGCCAGGCGCAUUCUCGAUCGUUUGCAUCCGCAAAGCCUGUCGGCUGAUGCAGAGUCAAUGCUGUUCUGUCGCGAUGGCCGACGUCAAAGCUCGCAAAUGGCAGAGUGGGACUUCACCCUGGGGGGAAGGCGCAUCGAGCUCAAAUCUGCCAUGUUGUGUUUCGACAAAACCAGGCAGGUUUGGAGUGUUACUUUUUAUGGCGUUAAGCUGAUGCAGAACAGAUGUCAGCACUCGCAGCCAUUUGAUGAUCUUUACUUAUUGAUCUACACCCCUGCUGAGUUCUACCUCAUAAGGCAUGACUUACAGACCGGAGUGACUUCCUCAGGAGUGUCAACCGCGGCUGUGGGACAUGCAAUACGUGUCACCGGACAGUUCGGAGAAGGUGCAUGGAAUACGGCCAUGAAAGCUAUUCUGGACAAGAUGUUGCUGUCAGGAUCAUGUGAGUUAGUUGGCAAGGUUGCGCGGACGGAUCCCACUGUUUCAGCCCUCUAUUCCGAGCUGUUGCAGAAAGCGCAGCAGCUGCAAGACAACGUGUACGAAACCAUACCCAUGAGCAACAUGAGCAACAGUGCCCGUGCGAACCGGAUUCAGCAAAUCGCUUUGGAAUUCGACAAGGUUCAACACGCAGGUAGCACGUUUACAGAUGCAUCUGGUGAGCCCACGACACAUCCUAUCAUAAGGCGUGGUGUGAACAACGCUGCAGUAGACUGGAUUCGCGACGGCGCUAGAGUGGAGGUCAAGUCUGCUAAAGUCGUUUUCGACCCACAUUGUCAGCGUUGGCAGUGCGUUUUUCGCCACAUUCGCGACACUGGCGCACUGAGCUUUCACGAGCUUUGGCUCGGCAUGUACAGCCCGGUUGGACUUGAUUUCUUCCACCACACUGCCUAUAGAUCUGGUCGCUCGGCAGACGCAAGCAGGAGGCUGCUCUUGUCCGCACGUCGGCAGGAUGCCUGCGUGGAGGCUGCUGUUCAGCGUAUGAAAGCCAAACUUAAGGCUGCCGGUGCUAAGCCUCUUUUCACGCUUCUUUGGAGCCAGUGA